UUCAAAACCAGUGCAGGAAUUAAAAAUGGCCGUUCAUGAAAAUAACAGAAUUGCAGCGAUGACACAAAGAGUAAAAGUGCCAAUUCCAAGUAUACGAAAUAUUGAAAAAGAGUUAGAUUACACAUACACGGGGGAGACUAUAAAAGUAGAAAAUCUCACAUACAAAAAUGUUCAAAAACUGCGAAGAGGACAGAUUCGAUGGAAACGUGCCCACAAAAAACAAGCUUGCUUUCGUCAUUUGGAAGUACGAUGCAAAGAAUUGCGUGAAAAUGCUCGCUCCUCUUGGAUAAGAAGAAAAAAAGGUUUUAAACCUGAAGUCAAUGAAGAAAAAAUUGAUGUAAUGAAAAGAUCUUUUUAAUUUUGUAAUUUUACAAAUAUAAU